CCUCAAAUCUCACAUAAAACCCACACAAUACGUUUUAUUUCCAAAUGGAGGCGCGGCCACAGAGGACAGGGAAAUAUGAAUUAUGAUCCGCCCUCUGGAAACAGUGCAGGGCAACAGAAGCAACAGAGGAAUCCUGGAGGAGAAAGAAAGAAUAACAGCACUUUUACUUUGAAACUGGGGAAGCUUUACACUUCUGGACACAGACAUGCGCUGGAAAAGUGAAAUCAAAGUAGAGUGUUGCGUUAAACACGAGACUGAAGACGGAUCCUUGUUGUCCAACGAUGAGCUUCUCGUCAUGUGUGAAGAUUGCAAAGGAGACGAAGAGCUGUUAGGCAAAUGCACUGAGGACGGGAGAGACAUUAUGGGCGCACCGGUGGAAGUUUUGGAUGAGGACGCGUCGUCGCUGCAGUCCAUGGCAUCUGCACCUCUGUUAGGAAGAGCUGUGUGUGCGAGCUGCAACGAGGACAUUGUGGAUAAAUAUUUAUUAAAGGUUAACGACUUGUGCUGGCAUGUGCGCUGUCUCUCCUGCAGCGUGUGCCAAACUUCACUUGGCAGCCACACGAGCUGCUACAUCAAAGAAAAAGAAGUUUUCUGUAAACUGGAUUACUUUAGAAGAUACGGCACAUGGUGCGCGUGCUGCGGCCGGAACAUCCACUCCACAGACUGGGUCCGCCGGGCGAAGGGCAACGUGUACCACCUGGCCUGCUUCGCCUGCUUCUCCUGCAAGAGGCAGCUGUCCACCGGGGAGGAGUUCGCUCUGGUGGAGGAGAAGGUGCUCUGCAGGGUCCACUACGACUGCAUGCUGGACAACCUCAAGCGGGCCGUGGAGAAGGGAAACAGUGUUAACAUGGAGGGGGCUGUGCCCACCGAACAGGAGAUUAACCAGCCGAAACCUUCCAAGAGAGCCCGGACCAGCUUCACCGCCGACCAGCUGCAGGUGAUGCAGGGACAGUUUGCUCAGGACAACAACCCAGACGCCCAAACGCUGCAGAAACUGGCGGAGCAGACGGGCCUCAGUCGAAGAGUCAUACAGGUCUGGUUCCAGAACUGCAGAGCCCGCCACAAGAAGCACGUGAGCCCCAACCACAACUCCAGCACCCCCAUGACCUCGCUGCAGUCCAGCCGCCUCUCCCAGCCCACCCCGACCCCCGAGGAGCUGCAGUACACAGCUUACGGAGGCCCGGAGGGAUCAAUGCUCUCUGCACUACACUCCUUCAUAGACAGUGAGCACCAGCCUUUUCAUGAUGUUAAGAGCGUUUACUGUGGUUCACUGCUUACCAUAAAAAACUACAUGUCAAAUUCAUAUUUUAACAUUUGAAAUAUUAUAUUGUUCUGGUUUAUUUAAAUGGGACUUUUUCUAACACAAAGAAAGAUGGACAAUUAUCUCCUUUUUUUAAGUUGCAUUAUUGAUUGAUCCUUUGGCUCCAGAAAUGUCACAGAAAGAAGUGAGUGGCAAACAUAUAGCUACGUUAAAUAAAUAAAAAAGGAAGGAGAGCAUAGAGAAUAAAAAAAACAAAACAUCUGAAUAUAAGAUGAACAUCAAAAAGAAAGACGAGAUUUUAAAGUUGCAUUAUACGAUCAGGGGAAAGAUUGCAUUUUAUAUUUGAUUAAUUCAUAAUUAAAUAUUGAAACCAUAUUAUCCCUAUACUUUCCUUCGUUCAUUCGUACAGUGGGUUUCACGGCUCAUGUCUUUAUUCCAACAAUCCCAUGUUGCUGCUUUCUGUAUAUUUAUGUAAAGCCCUACGAGUCACCAUAAGUUUUAAGAAAAUAUAAACUGCUUACAAAAAGUGGUCAUAACCACGGCUGUGUAGAAAAUGCACAUUUAUUUUUGGCUAUUUUUCUAAGGCAACAUUCAAAUAAUCAGGAUUUUUAUAUUGCUGUGAAUCAUCUAUAAACAAUAUCCAUCAAACGAUUGAAAUAAGGCAAAAGAAGCUUAAAGACGACACUAAAGCUUUUACUAAUGUC